AUGGGUUCACUGAAGCUAUCACGAGGUACUAGCGAGACCAGUCGCUCAAGCGAUGCCGGUGAGCGUCGCCUGCCUACUACGCCGCCAAUGAAGAUCCUCUUUCUCUGCACGGCGCACAACUCGCUCUCUCAGCAGCUGUAUCUUAUCCUCAGUCAGAAACACGAUGUCACGAUUGAGUAUGCGCUAUCCGACAAAGCCAUGAUCGAGGCGGCGGCCCUGUUUCAACCAAACGUCAUCGUCUGCCCGUUCUUGACUACACGAGUCCCAAGCGAGAUCUUCACCAAGUAUCUCACCCUCAUCAUCCAUCCUGGACCGCCAGGUGAUGCAGGACCAAGCGCCCUCGACUGGGUGCUCAUGGGCGACGAUGGCAACGUCGUAGACUCCGACCAACUACUCAAAUCCCAGUCUUGGAGCCAGAACGGCCGGUCGCAUUGGGGUGUCACAGUCUUACAAGCUGCUGAGGAGAUGGACGCUGGUCCAGUCUGGGCAUUUGAGCAGUUCAAGAUCGACAUCGAUGCGCCCGGAGUCACCAAGUCAACACUCUACCGUAAAGAGGUCACCCAAGCAGCCAUUACUGCCACCGCUACUGCUCUGCACCGCAUCGUCUCGGCAGCUAACGGCUUCUCCGAUUCAGGCAUCGCAGCAGCUCUAUCUCGACUGUCACUGCUAGAGAAACAGGACAUUCGUGGAAUCUCGGUUGACCUUGUCCCCAACCGCAGUUACAAAAGCCUGUCAGUGACACUGCGCAAGCCCUUUUUUGGUGGACCAACACACCGCCGACCACUUCUCAAGGCAGCGGACCGCAACUUCGACAUCCAAUACGAACCCGCUCGGACGAUAUCGCGAAAGAUCAGGUCUGCUGAUUCGCAGCCUGGCUGCCUCACAAAGCUGUUCGGAGGAGUCGGACUCUACGUCUACGGAGGUACGAUUGAGGCUGGGAGAGAUCCGAAAUGCAAGCGUGGACCUGGACAGAUCAUCGGUUGCAGAGACGAUGCUGUUUGCGUCGCCACCUGUGAUGGACAAGGCAUCUGGAUCACUCAUAUCCGUCGAGUGAAGCGCAAGGUUGAUUCAAUGCUCUGGCCCAAAGUCCCCGCUGUCUCAGGCCUUCUCGAGCUCGGCCUCAUCGACCAAGGCACCCUGAGUACUUCAGUAUCACUACGCCCUCUCCUCGACUGGUCUAAAGCAACAUACUCAACCCACCAAGAGAUCUGGGUAGAGUUUGCUGCGAGUGCAGGCAAGCGCCAAGUCGCUUUCGUUUACUUCGAGUUCUACAACGGCGCCAUGAGCACCUCUCAAUGCUCGCGACUCAUUGAAGCCCUCGAGUUCGUCGCUUUACAAGGGGCUCUUGAUGCUGUCGUGCUCAUGGGAGGCGACUCAUAUUUCAGCAACGGUAUUGCCCUCAACGUCAUUGAAGCCAGUGAUGAUCCCGCAGCAGAGUCUUGGAAGAACAUCAAUCGCAUUGAUGAUGUGGUGCACAUGCUACUGGACGUAUUUCCCCGGAAGAACGUCACUACUAUUGCGGCGCUGAGAGGGAAUUGUGCUGCUGGUGGCGUGGCCUUGGCAGCGGCUUGCGACGUGGUCAUCGCGGGCUCCGAAGUCGUCCUCAAUCCCGCGUAUCGGACUCUCGGGCUCUACGGUUCAGAGUAUCACUCUCUAUCCUACGUCGGUCGCUGUGGACCAGAGCGCGCAAGGUAUAUCUUGCGUGCUAUGCUACCCAUAUCUACUUCUCAAGCAAGAGACAUGGGCCUGGUUGACAAGGUCCUCCCAGCUUCGGGACACUUCCUCGACAUGAGAGUACGACAUCACAUCAAAGAGAUGAGCUUCACGACUUACAAGCCUGGCAAGUGGAAGUCCAAGGUCGAUGUGAGUUGCACUGGGCUCACAGCAGCAAGAACUCUUGAACUCGGCGAGAUGGCCAAAGACUUCUGGAGCGCAAGGUCCGAGAGGUACAACACACGACGGCGAGACUUUGUGCGGAAAGUCAAGCCCACACAAUCGCCGCUACGCUUCGCGACUCACAGACGACGGGAUGGGGAUCUUGAUGAGGAAGAGUCUGACUCUUUCGAUGAUGUUGCGGUGUUUAAGGAGCUGGUUAUCGAGAGAAUUUUGAAGGAGAGGUUAUCCAAGAUGGAUUCGAGGCUGUUGUCCCUCCAUGAAAAACUCAGGUCUCACGACCAACCAUCGAGCACAGGAGGUGAGACAAGAAGGCUACAGGAAGGCAAGGGUUUGAUGUUUCCUUGUUAUUAUGAAGUAGAUACCCACGUUUGCACUUGA